UAUGACGCCAGCCUUUAAUUGCAUGAUCACGUAUUAAUUUUACCUACAUGUGUCACCGGUGAGGUUUGAUUCCAGAAUGUAAGAAAGGACAGGAUGGGAGAGGGGAAUCUGCAUGGAAAUCGUGGUCAGGCAAAGAUUAAAGACUAGACCCUUUGGUCUCCUGGCUCCCAGCCUGUUGCACUUUCCCCAAGGCUGCAGGAUAAAUUGAGGGUGACCUGUGCCCGCUCCCCACAGACACGAACAAGCUGCGAGCUGCAUGAUGAUUGACCAGCUGAAGGUCUCAGGGUUUCCUCAGUUUUGCAGUGACCACUGCUUACUUUGGCUGUGUUAGAUUUCGCCUGCAGAUUAAAGACAAGAUGUGAUGGAUGCAGGAAGAGAUGAGACAUCAUCAACUUCCUCUAGCUGCAGCCACCAGCUGAGUUCCUUAUUUGGAGCUCAGUGGAGCCAGGCACUGCGGCUUUGGUGGCAGCGCUGAGGGGCCCCCUCACUGCCCCAUCAUGGUAUCUGCUCUCACCAUCCUCUUUCUCAGCUGCUGGCUGGCCGGGCAGAGCGAAGUGUCCAGAGAGCUCCCUGCACCCAGACCCUCCAUCUCCGUCAGCCCCAGCGGGGUGAUAGUCCCAGGGACAGCCGUCACCAUCCGCUGUCAGUGUCGGAGCGAGGCCAGGAGGUUAUUUCUGUAUAAAGGUGAAAUCCAAAUCCAGGAGCUGGACGUUGCUGGGGACGGGGGUGAAUUCACCAUCCCCAGCGCCAGACGGGAAGAUGCAGGGUUCUACAGCUGUAGAUCUCACUCCAGAUCGGAGCCGGAUCCCCAUGAUUACGUGCAGAUUGUUGUAGCAGAGCUCAGCUACCCCAAACCCUCCAUCUCCCUGAGCCCCCACUGGGGAGUCGCCCUGGGGCAAACUGUGACCAUCCGGUGUGAGUGUCGAUGCCAGAAAGUGACGUUCCUCAUGUAUAAACUUGGAAACCCCGACGUACGGUGCUGGGCAAAGACUGCAGGGGAUGUGGCUGAGUUUACCAUCCGCAACGUGAGCCAGAGACAUACAGGGAGCUACAGCUGCCAAUAUAGCACCAAAUCGGACCUCUCUGUCUGGUCGCAUCCAAGCGACCCCAUGGAGCUGAUGGUAGCAGGGGGAACCGACCCGACUCAGCUGGGAACGGUGCUGACUCCGACCCAGCCAGGCAGUGCGUGGCCAGGUGGAUUGGAACCAAGUGCAGCACCGGAGCUGAGCAGCCCUGUCAUCGCCGGGGUGAGCGCGGCGGCCGCCAGCCUCCUCCUUCUCCUGGGCAUCCUCUGCCACAGAAGAACCCGAGGAAGGAAAGGACCAGCACCGAGAGAGAGCAGAGAGUCCAAGGCUGCAGCCACAGUCGACAACCUUAUGGGCCAAGGGAAGCAGCUGGAUGUCCUGGAGCCUGGCACUGAGGGACUCACCUACAUUGAGCUGGACCGCCAGAAGCUGCAGGCCAAGCGGGGGGGCCCGGCCCCUCCCCCCGAGCCUGUCCUGUAUGCCGCCAUCAACGUGACCCAGGGCCCCCACGGGCAGCACCCCUGGGAUGCAGGGGGCACCCUCCCUCCACCCCCAUAGUGUGAUCCUGGGGGGAGUCAUCCCACACAGAGAACGGAUUACGUGUAUAACCCCCCCAUAACCCCUCCGACAACUGGUGCUGCCCCACCCAGCCCCACAUGUGGGGGGCCAUGGGGGUUCAGCACCAGGGGAGGGACAGGACGCAGCAAGGUGGCUGUUUGUGUUAUUUUGCAUCCUGUUAAUCUCCAGAUUUGUAAUAAACACAGAACCACAAACUGCCCCCCACCGGGUACGCCACAGCCCCCCGUCUCCGCGAUGGCACUCUGUGUCACACCUAGGGCAGAUGGGAUCGCUUCUCCCAUUUUCCAGGUGUUCCCCUUACCCGGCUGCUGGAUAUAACUCGAGGGCUGGGUUAGGAGCCUGCCUGGGACAUGGAAGAAGUGGGGGAACAGAAACCUGUGACCCAAAAUUGGGGUGUCGGAAACGAGGUUUCAUUGGUGGAUAAAAUAUUGCGGGGAUGGGCUGUGCCGUCCACCACCCUUUGGGGGCCUUAAAGAAAGAGACUCGCUUCAUCCUCCUGGCUGCCACCCCCCGUCUCCUGGGCCCCCCGCGGAGACAUCCUGAGCAGAGCGGCUGGAGAGAGGGACCCCGAUGCCAUUGCCCCUCCCCCGGCUGAACCCCCAACCCGGGAGGAAACCAGGUCAGACUUUAACAGCAGCCGUGGCUACGCCGACUCCAGCCCAGCUCUGCCAGCUCCUCUGCCCCCCCAGGACAGUCACUAGCGUGUCUGGGGCCAGCAGGGAGACGCCCAAACCCAGGGGAUUUUCCAGCUAGAGACUCACUCCAGCGAAUGGGGUCGGGGCUGGAACAAACCCCUUGUUUCACACGGUGCCUGCCACGGCUCCCCUGGUUCCUGCUCCACUGGGUCUGUCACAGCCGGUCCCAGGGGUCAAUGGGAGGUUUGCCGUGGAGUUGAGCAGGCUGUGACAGACCCUGCCCCCAGCCCAUGUUUAUUCCUGUUCAGUGUGGGGCAGGGUCUGAGGCAUGUUUGCACCUUGGCUCUUUAUUGCAUCUCCAUGAACACAACAGGACACAGAGUGAUUUAGCCUCCGGCUCUUCUGGGCCCCUCCAUGGCCGGUGUUUGUGGGGAGCCAGAUGCGGGGGAGCCAGGAGUUUGAGGGAAGUAGGUUGAAGGUGUUGGGAGGGGGGUUGAGGGCAGAGGGGCUGGGAUGGGGGACAGGAGUUUGAGGGCAGACAGGCUUCCCCCACAGAAGGUCAGAGCUGGGGGGGCAGGAUUGUUGGAGGGUCUGAGGAGGAGGGGAAGGCAGCAUCCCCUGAGUGCCCUCUGGGCUGCCAUUUCUACCCCCAGCAGUUUCCCCUGUCACUGCCCCCUGCUCAGCCUCCCCCCAAUUCCAGCCCCCUCAGCCUCAGGGUCCCCCAUUUUCUUUUUUGUCCCCUCAGUGUUCUCCCCACACAGUCACCCCUUCUCCUCUGUAGCGGUGGUCCCGGUGGGAGCCAGCUGAGGUCACUCCGUCAGGGUGAACUGCAAACAGAACGGGGCGGACAAACCCCACAAGCUGAUGGAUAUUCCAAGAUUUAGAUUUCCCAAGCCAGCACAAAACAGCUUCUGUAUCACCUCCCUGAUCACUCAGAAGUCCAAACAACGCAGUUUCCUUAAAGUGCCCAGCCUCAGGCCUCCAGCCAGUACCCACGUCAACAUAUGAUGUUGUCAUAAAUAUAAAGGGAAGGGUAAACACCUUUAAAAUCCCUCCUGGCCAGAGGCAAAACCCUUUCACCUGUAAAAGGUUAAGAGGCUCGGAUAACCUCGCUGGCAUCUGACCACAAUGGCGAAUGAUGAGACAAGACACUUUCAAAGCUGGAGGGGGGGAGAAACAAAGGGUCUGCCUGUAUGAUGCUUUUGCUGGGGACAGAACAGGAAUGGAGUCUUAGAACUUAGUAAAAAGAAAAGGAGUACUUGUGGCACCUUAGAGACUAACAAAUUUAUUAGAGCAUAAGUUUUCGUGAGCUACAGCUCACUUCAUCGGAGCUGUAGCUCACGAAAACUUAUGCUCUAAUACAUUUGUUAGUCUCUAAGGUGCCACAAGUACUCCUUUCUUUUUGCGAAUACAGACUAACACGGCUGCUACUCUGAAACCUGUCAUUAGAACUUAGUAAGUAUCUAGUUAGAGAUGCGUUAGAUUCUGUUUGUUUAAAUGGCUGAUAAAAUAAGCUGUGCUGAAUGGAAUGUAGAUUCCUAUUUUUGUGUCUUUUUGUAACUUAAGGUUUUGCCUAGAGGGAUUCUCUAUGUUUUGAAUCUGAUUACCCUGUAAGGUAUUUACCAUCCUGAUUUUACAGAGGUGAAGAAUUUUAAUUGAAGAAAAAAAGUAAAAGAAUCUUUU